CGCGAGCCCCCGCGGCGGGCGCGGCGCUCCCGGCGUGCCGCGCGCGGGCGGAAGCGGAAGUGAGUGCGCUGGAAUCAUGGUGCCGCCGGGGCGGGGAAGGAGCCGCCGCCGCUGCCGGGGGCUCGAUGAGCUGUCGCGGCCCAGCCUGAGGAUGUCGCAGUGAGCGGCGGGGGAGCCAUGGGGGAGAACAGCCCCGAGGGCACCGCGCUGUGCUGCGAGGCGGAGGAGGAGGAAUUGAGCCGGGAGGACAACGGGAUGCGGUUCGCCGAUAAAAACGGGCUGGUCUCCUCUUCGUCCGGGACGGUGUACGACAGGACGACUGUUCUCAUAGAGCAGGACCACGGCGUGUUGGAGGACGAUGAGGAUGAAGGACAGUGUAGCGAUCACUUGCCUUUUUUACCCGAGGGUCAUGAAGAAGGAUUUCAUUUAAUAGCAGAUCAUGAAGGAAUGUCCCAGGGUUAUGUGCAACAUAUAAUUUCUCCGGAUCAGAUUCACCUGACGAUAAAUCCUGGCUCGACUCCUAUGCCAAGAAAUAUCGAAGGAGCAACACUCACUUUGCAGUCUGAAUGCCCAGAAACCAAGCUUAAAGAAGUUAAGAGAUACCAGUGCACCUUCGAGGGCUGUCCACGCACCUACAGCACUGCCGGAAACCUGCGCACUCACCAGAAGACACAUCGUGGGGAAUACACCUUUGUCUGCAAUCAAGAAGGCUGUGGCAAAGCCUUUCUUACCUCCUACAGCCUCAAAAUCCACGUUCGAGUGCACACUAAGGAAAAGCCGUUUGAAUGUGAUGUGCAGGGCUGUGAAAAGGCAUUCAAUACACUGUAUAGGUUGAAAGCACAUCAGAGGCUUCACACAGGGAAAACAUUUAACUGUGAAUCAGAAGGCUGCAGUAAAUACUUCACAACGCACAGUGACCUGAGGAAGCACAUUCGAACACACACAGGAGAAAAGCCAUUUCGGUGUGAGCAUGACGGCUGUGGAAAGGCUUUUGCUGCAAGCCACCACCUCAAAACACAUGUUAGGACACAUACUGGGGAGAAACCUUUCUUCUGUCCCAGUAAUGGCUGUGAGAAGACUUUUAGUACACAGUAUAGUCUCAAGAGUCACAUGAAAGGUCAUGAGAAAGGACAUUCCUAUAAUGCACUUCCCAAUAACAAUGUGUCUGAGGAUACAAGCCACUCGCUUUGUCUGAGUGACUUAAGCCUCAUAUCAACAGAUUCAGAACUGCGGGAGAACUCUAAUCUAACACAUGGACAAGACCUGAGCACAAUCUCACCAGCAAGUAUCUUUGAGUCUAUGUUUCAGAGCCCAGAUCAUACCACAAAUCAGGAAGACUCUAAGCAGACAGCUGCCUUGAUUGAAGCUUUUAAUGGUCAUGCAGACUCAGUCACUGCUGUUCCGCCUUCUGCAGGAGAUUCAGCGUCAUUGUCUCUUCCACUUGUACUGCAGCUUGGCAUCUCUGAGCCUUCGCAUUCAGCACUACAAGCCUCAGCAGCACCUGCUGCUCCCUCCAUAGGAACCAGCUCACAGCAAGCUGCAUUUGGAAAUCCUGCAACUGUUUUACAAUCCCCAGAAGUGCCUGUUCCUCACAGCACACAGUUCCCAGCCAGUCACCAAGACUUUCUGCAGCACACUCAGACACCACCGCAGCCCGUUGUACAAGGACUUUCAGUGGUUGCUGGGGCACCUGCCCCGACAGCACCGAGUGCCACUGAACCCCUGCCGGCUGUAGUUCAGACUGUGCCUGUUGGUGCGAACUCUGUUCUGACCAGUAAUCCAACUAUAACAAUUACUCCUUCGCAAAGCACCGCUAUUCUACAGUCCAGCAUUGUCAUGGGAGAGCAAAACUUGCAAUGGAUAUUAAAUGGUGCCACUGGUUCUCCACAAAGCCAAGAACAAAUGCCACAAGUUCCGAAAGUAGUAGAAAAGGUUUUUUUUACCACUGCAUUACCAGUAGCUGGCAACACAGGGAGCCCUGUUCAGCAGAUUGGUCUCAGCGUUCCUGUCAUCAUUAUAAAGCAGGAGGAGGCCUGCCAGUGUCAGUGUGCCUGCCGAGACUCUGCCAAGGACAAAGCCACCAGUAAGAAGGAAUGUUCCUCACCUGAACCGAAAGCUUCGGAGCAGCCAGCUCCCCAGCUGCAGCCUCAGACCUUUCCUUCCUCUUCCCCUUCUCCUUCGUGUGGGCAGAGCAGUCAGAUAGUUACCCCUUCAGACUCACAGACUGAAACAUUAAGUGCCAUGGAUGUAUCGGACUACCUGUCCCUCCAAAGCCCUGAAACCCCAUCCAAUAUAAUUCCAAUUGAAGCACUACUGCAGGGUGAGGAAGAAAUUGGUUUGAAUAGCAGCUUCUCUAAAUGAAGAUGUUCCAGAUUUUCUUUUGCACCUGGAGGGUAAAACCCUUCUCCUUAGAAGCAGAAACUGAAGGAUCGAUUCUUUUUCCUUCCUCUCUGGAAGUUUUGUGGCUUAUUUCUGCUUCACAGAUGUCAUCUUAGUCACAUCCCAGGUACAUCCAUCUUUGAGAAUCUAUCUAAAAAAAAGAAAAGUCAAAAAAAAAAAAGCUAAGUUAUAUAUGAACUGUUUUGGCUGCACUGUCUGUCACUUUUGCUUGUCAUAUGUGAACACGGAAGUUAAGGUUACUCGUGUGCAAAAAGAUUUUAAAAAGAAAAAGGGGGGUUAGUUUGUCUCCAAUUGCACAUCACUUAUGUUUGGAAUUUAAGGUACUGGCAGCGAGUGGGUCUUUGUUACAACUCCUUGGGUCUAUAAUUUUCUUUCGUCUCUUAUGUCUGAUACUAACCAUGCACUAUAAGGGGAGCCCGGGAAAGGAAAUUGCUGUAGCAGAAAAUGGUUUUGUUGUAGGAGAAGGUGAUUUAUCUGCAAUUUUUGGGGGGAAUGUGAUUGUCACAUCACUGUGUUGGGAGGUGAUGCCUGGAUUUGCAUUGUACUAACGCUUUUACUAAAGCCUACGGAAAUUUUUGGGGAGCUUAUUUCAGCAGAGCACAGGGUACUUGUGCUCCUGACAGAUCUGUUCAUCUAAUUUCAUUAGGACUUGAGAUAUGUUGGCAGAUACACUGCUUCACAACACGGAAACACGAUUGGAGCCCCUGCUCGCUCAGACUCAUGAGUCUGUUUCCUUUGCCUCUCUUUGAAGGAUGCAGUGAGUUCCGGACGUAGUCAGAUCGGUGUCUGCUGCUCUUUUGAUUUACUUGGCUCUGUUCAGAAACAAGUCAUCCUUAAACGAGCCCUCUGACUGUUUAAUCAGGAGCAUGGUGCCUUUGCUGGUUACUAUCAUCUUUUGUCAAGAACAAACCUAGGAAAAUUUCCAGAAUGAUUUGACAUAAAUUCAGUUUGAGUUCAGUGAGUUUAUCCUUCAGUUGUCCAGAAACGCUUCCUCCUUUCUGUUAAGCUACAUGAUUUCUGCCUGAAUCUGCCUCCAACCUACUGCAAUGCCAGCUUUUGUGCACGGGGCUAUUUCUUGACUAAAAGAUGUUACACGACAUAGUAGUUUUUCAUAUCAAACUGAAAGUCUAUAUUCUAACCUACUCAGGGUAAAUAAAACACAAACCCCCCUUCCACCAAAAAGCCUGUAAUGUUGCAAUAAAUGCAGUCUCAUUCUAAAUGGUUUAUUUAUGCUGCAUUAUUUUAAAAGAUGUAAUUUUAUAGUGUUUUAUCCAUCUUUAUGGCUUUGCCUGUCAGUCUUUUUGUGUUAAAGGAAAGAAUAUUAAAUAGUCUUUAUUCAGUUUACAGUGUUGUUAUUAGUGAGAUACAAAGAUAACGACUGUAAGCCAAUUAAAGUGGAGUGUCUCUGUGCACUAAAUUUAGGAACGCAGACUCCUAGUGGAUAGAGAUCUUUCACUGCUCUUUGCUCGUAUUUGAUCAAAGCUGCUCUCUGCACCUGCUGGGGACAGAAUCGUACAAAUGCAGCCAGACCUCCCCAGGAUCCCUGAGGAUUUGGAGGUUUUUAACCCUCUGGUGACAUGCUCCGUGUAGCCUUACCAACGUCACUGUCACGGUUUUAGCCGCCACAGUGGCUUAAGCUAUCUCUCUUCCGAUUCCCUUGCAAACGCACUGCCACAGCACAGAUGGAAGCGGGCUGAAGGGGGCUGGCUUUUCACCUCUCCGACAUCUCCUUUCCACUUGUUAAGCGCCGAAGGGCGAAACUAGGGUUGUGCCACUAGGGUGAAUGUGAGGGAGGAGAGGCUGUGCUGCGUGUCGUGUCACUCGACUAGGGCAGAGCGCUUGGUGUUUUGCUAAUUGCGGCGACGAGCUUAGGGGCAUCGGCUGAACUGGAAACACGCUGAUUGUGUUUCCUCUCUGAGCGUUGGCUGUGCGGUGCUGUGCAGCCCAUCACGGAGGGGAUGCGGGUCCUGCAGCAAUAAGGUCUGUGUCCACGAAAUGCGGAUUGACAAAGCAUUUGAUGUUCUGUUCUUGUCAUGGUGACCCUCGAGGACAGCCUGGUGGUGGCCCUCUGUUUUUUUUUUCUCUUUUUUUUCCCCCCUACAGUAUCGUUUUGUGAUGCAGUUUGGUUGCGUGGCAGCAAGAAACUGCUUUGAACACCGAAAAAAACAGCCUCAAGUCUGCGUGGCUGGGACUGUCUGCCCACGGAUGAGUGUCCUCCAGUUCCCUCCUGUAGAGCUUGGCCUUGAAGGAGCGUGAGGGGCGCCUGGAGCGCGUGGGGCUUCACCAGGGGGCACAGGCCACCGAGUGGCCUCCUGCCUUCCCUUGGCGUCGCGGUGUUUGAGGGUGCGUGGACGUGAGUGUGUGCGUGUGAGAGUCUGCUAACGCAGGAGCACAUAGGUUCCCCUGGAGUCGUGGGGUGUUCGCUGAGGGGGACGAGGGUACAAGAUGUGCCCCAAAAUGUGACAGCGGGGGGGGGGGGUGGCAACCUCUCCUGAGCCUUUCCAGCCUUCAGGGAAGCAUUUUUCCUCGCCAGUCUUGCUACUUGUGACUUAGUUCACCUAAAACUCGGUGAUUAGGCCAGAUAGCAUCUUCAGAAACUCCUUUGUGGUAGAAAUCAGUAAAACAUCUACCAAAGGCUUUGAAAUUGGAAGCUAAUGCGGAGGUGUGGUAAUUAGCAGCAGUAGGAUGCUGCUCAGAUCCUUUCCGAGGGGAGAUCAGAGGUUAACCCCUCUGCUGCUUUCUCUUCACAGCUACUGUUUCCUGUCGGUGUUGUAGGAAAAGCAACGUGUUCCAGGUUUAUGCUGACUUCUAGGUGCUUUGGGUGUGCAGUUACCCUCUUGUGUGUGCAUCAGACAGGCUGCAAUUUAGGCGGAACUAAUUAGAGCUUGGAACGAGUCGAGCGGUGUGAUUCUGUGAGCGCAGAGCCUGCUCUGCCACGAGCUGUGCAUCCCGCCCGUUGCGUCGUGCAGUUGUGUGCUGCUGUUGUUUAACUGUCGGGCUGUUUUCCCGAGUGACCCAUGCCGCGUGUACCCGACAUGGCUCGCAGUGAUCGAACGCUGCGCUGCUGGGGUGGUCAUUAACAGGAGGCGCGUGAGCGGCUGGCAAGGGGAAGCAGUCAGUCACAGCACAGCCCUGAGAUCCUUGGUGCCAGGGAGUUUUCUGCCCUUCUCCCCCCGUUGCCCAGGCAUUUCACAUACUCGCAGUACGAUUUUUAAUAAAGAAUGGAGUUUCUACCGCUGCAGAUCUGGUAAGAUGCUGGGUUCUCCCAGAAAGGGGCAUGUUCUGCUGGUGUGCUGGAGCCUCUGAGAUCAGCGUGCCCUCCCUCUGCAAAAUCUGCAUUUCCCAACUCCCUUUAACGAUCAGUCAGAGAGCAGGACUGCUCUGGGUCGUUCUGUGUUAAAGGAUUUGCUCUUCGGUGGCUUGUGGGGAUUUACUUGGUUACUUAAGAGUUUCUAGAUGGGUGCAGGAGCUUAAACAUGUUAACGGGUCUAAUUGCCACCGUCGGUAGCUGUAGCGGCCAAGCAGCGACCCAAGCAAGCAAACCUGGCACGCAGUUGAAGGCUGUAGAAGUUGCUUUUCAUGCUCGUAGUUGGUAGAGGGAUGGCAAAUCAGCACUGUUUAAAUGCUGGUACUGAAUUAUUUAGAACAAAGUACGAAUUGGGCACUUCUGCAAUGCUAACUGUGUCCAGAAAGACUAGUUCGCAGAACCUCAUACUGGUAUCUAAAAUGCACUUUAGGUUAUUUUAUCUUUAACCCAAUUGCUGCAAUUUCUUUUGUAUAUACUUUCACAAAGUUUAUUUUUGCUCUGAGUAAAAGUUAACAGGGGUGUGCAAAGAUGAGCACUUAACUUGGUGCAAUACUUGUAGCUAAAGAUCAUUGUCCCACGUGGUCGGUCUGUCUGUGUCUGUCUGAUGGAGUGUAUUUCGUGACUAGCUCGGUGACGUGUUGCCCUUCCCUGUCUGUACCCAAAAGGAAUUAUGCAUCAUUAGCAAACGUCCAAUCUAUGCAAAUAUCCCACUGAGAGCACUGUGCUUUAGCGGGCCUUUUCUCUCACGCUUUCUGGGGAGCUGCUUGUCACUUCUGUAGGGAUUUAGUACCUUCCUCCAACCCCGUUCCUCGCCUCCUCCCUCUCCUGUCCCACGAGCGUGAUCAGAAAUGGCAAGCUGUUCUGGAGCAGGCUUGUUGCACCUUUACAAUUUGUCUUCACGAGAUCGUUUUUGAUGUCCUGUUCUCUGCCUUACUUCACGGAGGAUGGCACUUCUGCAGUCAUCCCAGAUCUUGGUUUUUGCAACUGCAGCAACGUUGAACUGUUUACAGUACUCUUCCUGCACCGAUUAGAAAUGCGGCUCGGAGAACCCAUUAACGAUUGGCCUGCUGGUUGUGGAACUGCUGGGGGAAAUUCGUUAGGGCGUAAUUGACCUUGAGGUUGAUUGGAGAUGAAGAGCUCUUGCUGAUGGGUGGGGGUUGGAAACACAGCUGGCAGCUGAAACGGGAGGCAGCCAGGGCCGGGAGACCUCGGUGUCAGGAUCCUCAUCCUGCUGCUGGCUGGCUCUGCGACCUCGGGCAAGACACUUAACCUAUCUGUGCCUCAGUUUCCUCCCUGUAAAACGAGGACGUUGAAACCUUUCUCUGUAAAAUGCAUUAAGAUCUACGAGUGGAAAGUCCUUUGCAUUAGUAAUCUGAGCUAGCUGGACGGAAUUGUGAGAGUCGAUUUGGAUCGUAAGGCAAAAAAAACAAACUAAAAAGCAUGUCUUUAAAAACCCUACAAAUUUCUGAUCGCGCAGUUUUUAAUUGGUAUACUGUUUUCUCCUUACCAUAUUUUGGAAACAACGUCAAGUUUUUAUAAACGUUACCUGUAGUCGAUACUCACGGACAGGGCUGAACUUUUAACUUUUUUGCGUCUUGUCUCGAUAUAUAUCCUAUGUUCUAGAAGUUGGAUUCUGUGUCUGCACUGAGAAAUGCAAAUUAAACUGGAUAUUUAUGUAGUAGUGUACAUAGUCUAAGUGUGUGUGUUCUUGGAACUAGUUUAAAAAUCCCACACCAUGCUUUCGGUGGUGUGCAAGCUGGCCAAAAUUUGGUUCAUUAUGCAGUGUACACUUUCUCAAAUAAAUGCAGUUUCUACUUUUUCUUACAAGAAAUUUUUUUCAUACGAUCUUUUUCAGCAAAACCAAGGGUAUGUUUUUGCAGUACCGUAGCGACAGUAGCUGGCGUUUCUCGCUGCGUAGCUUUGUGUCCUUCCACUUGCUUUUUGAACCAGAGCUGUCUGUCUGACCCUUGUUUUGGAGAGAGAGUUGCAGUUGCUGUUCUAUUUCACACUGACUAGCAUCAGCGAGGCGGGCAGGGACGCGCUAACCUCAGGCCUGGCUGGUUACUGGAGUCGUCCUCGGCAUCGACAUCUGCAGAACUGUGAGACCAGGGAGUCCAGGAGAACCUUAGGCUGUCUACUUACUGCUUUUGUUUUGUUUGACACGUACGGGGAGCUGGGCAAUGGUCUUGGAGAUGACGAAAGAAACGAACCCCAGUUAUUCAAGAAUGUGUUUAUGGUGUUAAAGGAAUUUAUUUAACUAUGAAACAUGGGAACAAAUGUGCUUACAUUGAGCAAUGUGAAGAUGUUAGUUACAGGUACAGUACUUCCAAAGGAAGAGCAUCUCCAAAACCCAAAAAAAA